AUGUAUGGCCCAUUGAUUUCUAUCAAGUUGGGAACUCAACUGGUUGUGGUAGCUUCAUCUCCUGCUUCUGCAACUGAAAUCCUCAAGACACAAGAUCGUCUGUUAUCGGUCCGAUCUGUGCCCAAAGUUGCUACAUAUGUGCUCUCUGUUAUUGAUCAACACUCAAUUGUCUUUUCCAGUGACUUGAGCAAUCACUGGAAGUUCUUGCGGGAAUUUUGUCGAACACAUUUGUUCUCACCCAAAGCUGUCGAGUCACAGACUGCUCUGAGGGAGAAAAAAGUGUCGAAAAUGAUACAUUUUCUUAGGUCUAGGAAUGGGGAAACUGUGAAGAUUUCUGAAAUUCUGUUUGAUUUGCAGGGAUUGAGAAAGCAGAUUCAAGUAUAUCAGAAUCAAUUGAUCAACAUCUGGAGUGAAAUUGUAAAGGAAAAAAGGCAGGCAAUUAGUCAUGGUAGCUCAGACAUUUUCGAUGCCAUGAUUGAUAGUGGAUUUUUGGAUUUACAGAUCAAUAUCUUAUUGACAGAAUUAAUAGGCGUGGGUUAUGACACCACUACCGCAACAACUGAAUGGGCAAUGACAAAAUUGCUAAGGAACAAGGGCACUAUGCACAAACUUCAGGCCGAGCUUACAAGUAAAUUUGGGGAAAAUGAUAUUAUCACAGAAUCAAACAUCAGCGAACUUCCAUAUUUGGGCGUAACUCAAACAGUUUGGGAAGAUGCAUUAUCUUUAAAGCCCGAGCAAUUUCUAGACUCUAAUGAGGACUUCAGGGGUCAAGAUUUUGGGAUCAUACCAUUUGGUGCAGGGAGGACAAUAUGCCCUGGCUUAGGUUUUGCUAGACAAGAAAUUCACUUGAUUUUAACUAGCUUGAUCCAUUACUUUGAGUGGUCAGUUCCUAAUGGUAAGGAUCCAAUGCAGUUAGAUAUGGAAGACAAGUUUGGUGUUACUCUACAUAAAGAAAAGCCUCUACUCAUUGUUCCUAUGUAA